UUUCUUUGUUCAACAGAUAAACAACUUUCAAACCCAAAAUCUCUCCAAGAUUUCUCUUAAUGUUGUUCUUUACGUAACAACCUCAAAACAAACCCUUGUUUCUGUUUGUGUUUUGAAUCGUUAUAUCCUUCUCUUUGAACCCGUACGUGUAACUAUGCAGACAUGGAGCAAAGCCAAAUCCAAAACCAUAACUUGGAGAAGAAGAGAAGAAGAGUGUUGAACAAGCCCCUGAGACUGAGAUGUUCAGUUCAGAAUUACAACUGGGGAAUUCUCGGUAACAAAUCGUACGUCGCUCGCUUGUUCUCUCUCAAUUCCGGAUCGCACAUUGACCCGGACGAGAGUUAUGCCGAGUUGUGGAUCGGGACUCAUGAAUCCGGACCCUCGUUUGUGGACGAUCAGUUUGGUUGUUUGAAUAGUCUCAAGGAGUGGAUCUCGAAGAACCCUGAUGUGUUGGGCGAUCAGGUGUUGAAGAAAUGGGGCGGUGAGCUUCCGUUUUUGUUCAAGGUGCUUUCGAUCAAUCAGGCACUGUCGAUACAGGCGCAUCCCGAUAAGGAAUUGGCGAGGGCGCUUCAUAAGUCUCAGCCGAGUUUGUAUAAGGAUGAUAAUCACAAGCCCGAAUUGGCAUUGGCCUUGACUGAGUUUGAGGCAUUGUGUGGCUUUAUUAGCCUCAAGGAUCUUAGGAAUGUCUUGUUUACAGUUCCUGAGAUUAUAGAAUUGGUUGGGGGAGCAGAUGCAGAACAAUGGUUACCUGUCAAUGAAAUGGACAAAAAUCAUGAACUGGAAGCAGUUCUCGAAUCCAUUUUCAGUCAAAUUCUGCUGUCAAGUAAAGAUAAAAUCUGUCAGAGUCUGUCUAAACUGAAAUGGAGACUGAAUUUGGAGAAGAAGAAAAGGCAGUUGACAGAUAAAGAGAAGUUGGUGCUGAGACUAGAGGGUCAAUAUCCUGCUGAUGCAGGAGUCAUAGCAGCAUUUUUACUGAACUAUGUGAAGCUGAAUCGUGGCGAAGCAUUGUGCAUAGGGGCAAAUGAGCCUCAUGCUUAUAUCUAUGGUGAAUGCAUAGAAUGUAUGGCAACUUCUGACAACGUUGUUCGCGCUGGCCUUACUUCUAAACACCGGGAUAUCCAAACACUUCUCUCAAUGCUAAAACGUCGACAAGGUUUUCCAGAAAUUCUGCAGGGACUCUCAUUGAAUCAAUACACAACAAGGUAUCUCCCACCGUUCGAAGAAUUCGAAGUGGAUCGUUGCAUUCUUCCUGAGGCAGCAUCAGUGGUGUUUCCCUCAGUGCCAGGGCCAUCUCUAUUGCUGUUCAUAAGUGGGAAUGGCACAAUUGGUGCAAGUGUACCAGAAGAACAAAUGGUUGAAGAGGGAGAUAUUCUGUUCUUGCCCGCAUACAUGGAGUUCACCAUAACAUCAGAAUCAAAAGAGUUACAUUUGUACAGAGCUGGAGUUAACAGCAGCUUUUUUCAGGCUUAUUGAUAAUUACCUUUUAUUAGAAUGAAUAAUCAACAUAGAAUAUGUUUUAACACCACAAUAAUCCCAAGUUAUAGAUGCACAAAUUAAAUUUUGCUUAGUUUCAAUUUAUUCUUUCAUUUGUUUGCAUGGUUUUUUUGAAGAGUGUAAUGAGUGGAUCAUGUGAUUUUCUAAGGAGUGAGUUUUAUUU